AUGGGAUUCAAGCUGAACCUGAUCGCCCUCAUGUUGGUAUUGGCCAUGGUAGCUAGGACAUCAGCCAAGGUCCACGAUGCCUCGUGGGGGUUCAGCCGCUUCGGCGAUCACGAUGAUGAGUCCUUGAUCGAUAACGCCAACUUUGUCGGAGACGAGAAUGAGAUGACGAUGGAGUCAGAGAGCACUCGUAGGACACUCAGACCUCGUUUGACAGCUCGGACUGCCUUAGGCAACAGCAAGUUUAUUGGUUAUAUUGCCCUAAGGGAAAAUGCUGCUCCAUGCGGACGCUGCGGCCAGUCCUACUACGACUGUCAAAAAAGAGAGCGGGCUAACCCUUACAAACGGAAUUGCGAGUACAUCACCCGCUGCACCAAACGCUGAAUCUGAUCGAGGGUCGAUCUAUCUUGUUAAUUAACAUGGCAAAAAAGAGAGAGUACGUACGUACAAGGAUAUAUAGCGAAGAGGGAGAAUGAAGGUGGGAUCACUCAUCGAUCAUCACCAUCAACAUUCAUACUUGCAAGAUUUAUACAAUUUCCUCAUUUUUGUGUUUUGAUAUUAAGA